AUGGUUCUGAGUUUUGACAAUGAUGAUGAUGAUUUUCUUGUUUUUCUGAGUUCUGAGUUCUGCAUUUGGGAAUUUUUUAAAAACAAACUUAUUAAUAGCUUGUGCAGAAGAUGCCAGAAACUGGAGAGUUGGAUAACAUCAAAGGGUUUGCAGAGUGAAGGCCUUACCCAUCUUAGCCUUCGACAAUGGAAUGAAGUUAAGUCGUUCCCGAGAGAGGGUUGCCUUCCUGCUUCCCUCCGGUCUCUACAAUUGUCGAAAUUUUCAAAUCUGGAGACGCUAGACUACAAGGGCCUUCUCCAACUCACCUCCCUCCAACAAUUAACAAUUGGAUUCUGUCCAAAGCUGGAGAAUAUCACACAACAAAACCUGCCUGCCUCCAUAUUGAAACUCAUCAUCAAGGGAGAAUGUCCAUUGAGGAGUAAGCUGGAAGAGAUGAACGACCCCCGGAUUCAAUUCCAAACAGGGUGGUUCAGGUUAGGAGUCAGACGCAGAUUAUGAGUCGUCUUGAUUCUGAUUUCCCACUUUUUGUGCACCAUGCAAGGAUUUUGUCUAAUGUACAUGGAAGAUGUCAAGACAAAAAAUGAGUCAUGAAUGGUGUUUAAGAAAAUUGUCCCCUAGCAAGCCUAAUAGAUUAGAAUAUAAGAUUAUCAAGAAUAUUACAAAUGUUUUGAAUAAAUUUACA